CAUCUUCGAGGCUUUAUCCGUAACCGAAAAAGUGCAACAUUUCUUUCAGCAAGAAAGCCCCGAUCGAUCCAGUGACCCAAGCAGACAUCUCAGGCAGAACCAAUUGUAGUAAUCUAUACACAAUAGAUAGAGAGAGAGAAAGAGGGACAAGCCGGUGGAUGAUGGAGAUCACAGGGGUGAGCCGGGACGAGGAAGGGAAGAAGAAGGUGGAGAAGGUAGAGGUGCCCCGAACUCGGCGGCCGGACACCAUCCGCUACUUCGAGAGGAAGUUGGUCGAUAAAGGGAUCCACCGCAUGGACCGCCAUCCCGCGGAUGGCCUCGGCGGCCUCCACCAGGUCCCCAAGUCCGGCCAUGGCGGGAAGUUCACCUGGGAGGGCCCUGCCGACGAGGCCUACAACGAGCUCGAUCCCGUUCCGCCCGCCAUCGACCCGAACGAUCCCAACUACGUCGAGGAAGAAGAGGAAGAGCCCACCAGAAGCAGAGGAGAACAAGAAGAUGAAGCAGAGGAGGGCGUGAUGACAAAGCCCAGCGAUGCGCUUGUCGUUGGAGAAGUGGAGGUGGCCAAAGUGGCGGAGGCCAAGGAAGGGAUCUCUAGGAUCGAAGUCCUCCCUCCCCUCCAGCCGUAAUUGUAUAGAUGGAGGAUCCUUCUCCCUCCCUCGGCACCGAGUCGGCCCGGCGAGUUGGGAGUUGGCUUCCUGAAACUUCUUCCCUCUUUGUUCUUUUCUUGUGCUUUUUAAUGUUGCAGUACGAAGAAUAAACCAACUAGCCAAGUAAUUAAAGGGGUGUGCUGCAAUGUGUGGUUUUGGGGUCACUUGUUCCAGCUCCUAAGAUGAGCGACUACUAUUAUGACCUCAAUUUCAGCAUAACUGCUACCUUUAGUGGAUGAAUAGAAAAAUAUUUUUGUAACAUUCCAUUUUUUGAUUAAUUAAUAUAAUUAGGUUUGUCGUGCAGAUUUAUC